UAAUGGAGCCCAAAGAAACCCAGACCCAGUGGGGUGCCGUGAGUUGUUCCCAAGUGCCUGGGGCAGGGAAAGGGGCCUGUUUGACCUGUGUAGUGGCCCUCAGUUUGGGGGAAGUGAUUUGCCUUUUGCACUAUUGAGGUGACUUCUUAAUAAACAUUGUCAGGGGAGUUUCAGGUUUAGAUUCCUGCACUGGGAUAGUUAAAUAGAUUUGAUUUGGCAUUUUGAAUGUUUGCAAUCCGCCUUUCCUCCCUUGUCGUUCCCUCGAUGCUUCAUAUUGUCACCCUCAGAAUUGCAGUGGUAACAGCAGUCUCAGGCACUGAUCUGUUCAGACAGGCCCCUGUCCGUCCAAGGCCCCCUUGACCUCAGUGGAAUGGGGCACAGCCUAGGUUCAGGGACUACAAGGAGCUUGCAGCAGGACCUAAACAUGCUCUCUGCUCUGUGAUUGGUAGGCACAGGAGAGUGCAUUUCAGAUACACUUUGAUUCUAAAGUUCACUGAAUUAAUCAUUUGAAGUCUCUUUAUUUGUUAAUAGUCAGAUUCUGCUCUUGUCAGGAACAUACUGGCCCUGGAUGCUUGGGAUUUUAAUUUUACUGCCUGUCCCCCACUCAAGUGGUCUGUGUCCCUGUCUCUUUCAAUUUCACAGACACAAGCUUGUCAGCAGUUCUCUGUGUGAAGUAACAGACUGGAUGUGGUGGAAUACCCUACAGUGCACCAGUACCAAGAGUGGUCUCCGCACUGAGGAAUGCACCCCACCAGUAUGACAGCAUCAGUCCUUCCUUCUCCCUGGCUCUGCAGCUCUUCUUUCCUCUCCCUGGGUCCAUGCAGAGCGCCUUCAUUUCCUGGACAAAGCAGGUUUGUGGAAGAAUGUAGAAGAUAGCAACAUGGACAAAAAACUCCAUUAUGUUAAAAAAGAGCUGCUCCGAAGGGAAAUUCCUCCAGUCUUGUUGGUGCUGCUGCUUCUCGCUGUGCUGCUCCUGAGUUUCCUUCUGUACAUGCAUCUCAACAAUUUCUCCGUCACCACCGGGCAGCCUGACGUGGACUCCAGCCUCUGCCCAUUUGGGUACUUCAGAUUAGGACCAUUGAAAAAUUGCUCGCCGUGGCUGUCUUGUGAAGCCAUAAAUACAGAAGUCAGGAAACUGAAGUGUGUUGGUGAAGGGGCUGUGAAAAAGGUGUUUCUUUCUGAAUGGAAGGAAAACAAAGUAUCCCUUUCCCAGCUCGCCAACUCAGAGCUGAAGGAAGAUUUUCUUCAUGGACUGAAGAUGCUGAAGUCUCUCCAGAGCAAGUAUGUUGUCAGACUGCUUGGCUAUUGCGAGAAGCAGUUCACAAUCCUUACCCAGUAUCACCCAUUAGGCUCCCUGAAGAGCCUGAAUGAAAUGCUGGACCUUCCCAGAUAUAAGGGCUUGAAUACUUGGCAUCGCCGAUUCAUGCUCGCAAUAGACUAUGUGAGCAUCAUCCAUUAUUUGCACAACAGUCCUUUGGGCACCUUAGUAAUGUGUGAUUCCAAUGACUUGGACAAGGUGUUAUCGCAAUAUCUGCUGACAAGUGACUUUCAUGUUCUGGUGAAUGACUUGGAUGCCUUGCCUCUCGUGAACAAGAGUGCUGGCAGACUGGUGAAGUGUGGCCAUCGGGAGCUCCAAGGCGAGUUUGUAGCUCCUGAACAGCUUUGGCCCUAUGGGGAGGAGGUGCCAUUUGAAGAUGACCUCAUGCCUCCAUAUGAUGAGAAGACGGACAUAUGGAAAAUCCCUGAUGUCUCCAAUUUUUUCUUGGGCCACGUUGAAGGGAGUGAUAUUGUCAGGUUCCAUUUGUUCGACAUCCAUGCAGCAUGUAAGAAGAAGAACCCAGCUGAAAGGCCUUCCGCCCAGAUGGUCAUGGACACAUACAGGAAAAUUUUAACGUUGCUGCUCAGAGAGGCUGCCAUGCCUGGUACCAGGGAAAUGUUAUAAACGACUGUGAGAAGA